AUGGCGGAAGAGAAACAUCUUCGCCCAAAAUCGAGUAACCGCAUCUUGCACCAAGAGGUAAAGAACACAUGGAGGCAGGAGCUGAGCCUGUGGAGUGGCGUCUCGGAGACGAGUCUGGUGAAGCUGUUUAUACGACCGUGGCCGAUGAUCGUGUAUCCCGCGGUCAUAUACGCGUUUCUCUGCUACUCCAUAUCCCUGGUCAUUACCAUCGCGGUCAACAUUCUCAAUCCGUUCGUGCUGCAAGCACCUCCGUACAAUUGGAGCCCACAGAUCAACGGCCUGAUCAAUAUCCCAGGCCUUUUGGGCAAUGUGAUCGGGGCUUGGGCAGGAGGUGACCUCGUGGACGCAUGGUGCAGGUGGCGAACAAGGAAAAUGCUCGGCAUCUACGAGCCAGAAACACGACUAUACCUGGUGGGCAUUCCGUUGGUGAUCACAACAGCAGGCUGUCUUGUGUUCGGCUACGGUGUUCAGAACGCCAUGUCGUGGGUUUCGCUCUUUUUUGGGUACGGCAUGAUCUCGAUCGCGCUCACAGCCAUGCCAACGAUCACUAUAGCGUAUGUGAGCGACUGCGCAUUUCCAGUCAACUCGGACGUACUGCUGCUUGUGAACGGGCUGAAGAACAUCGUGGCAUUUGGCUUCCUCUUCGGUGUAAUCCCUUGGGCUGAAGAGGCGGGUUUUGUCCGAGCUUUCGGUACCCUGGCUGGGGUCUUCGCUGGCAUAGUCGGCAUCGGUGCUGUCUUGUUGGUUAUUUGGGGCGCCAGCAUACGCCACACUUCGGCACAGUGGAGGGUCAUCCUAGAGUGA